CUACCAUUUGUUUUUGUUUCUUUCACAUCGUGAUCGCUGCUGCUACAAAGCAGCAGCAGCACCGACGGCGCGCGGCGGCGCGUUGCAAUGGCUGAUGAGUGCGUUAUUGCAGAUUCUAAUCAAUCGGUUUUAGUGUUUCUGCUCAGCAGCGCUGAGCUGCAUCGUAAAGAGCAGUUUCGAGUGUCGAACCAUCCAUGCAACCAACAAACAGUUCAACUCCGAUCGUUGAUCUUCGCGCGGCAGUCAGUGUACAGACGGUGGGCGAUCUUACAUAAGUGAUAUGGUUCGGUGAAGGAUUUUUGGUAGCAACCGGUCUAUUGAGCGUGACUCGAAACACCAUAAAGCGGUGAUUAUCUUUGGGAAUAAACAGAGUUCCUCCAAAUUACUGCGAAAGAUAGCAGCUUGCAACGCGACGGGACACAUUGACGAAAAGCGGAAUGGCCGACCAUAAGCCGUCCUCGAGCAAGCAUUCCCCGCUCGCCUCCUCCUCCACCGACCACGACAGCCGUCUGCAGUUUCUAGAUCACUUUGACGACAUCUUCAAGUGUACGAUCUGUCUAAUCAAACUGCAAGACCCGCAUCUGUGCCCACGCUGUUCCAAGCUCUACUGCUACGACUGCAUCUCCGAGUGGCUACUGUCCGAGUCCGAGCAGCACAUGAACUGCCCAAACUGCAAGCUCGACCUCCAGCUGGACAAGCUGGUGAAAGUGCGAUGGUUCGAGGAGGUGGAACAACUUCAACGCAACUGCCUUGAACCGUCGCCGACGACGGCGGCGGCGGUGAGGGCACCCAGCAGCGGUAACGGCACCGCGACGACCAUCUCCACCGCUGCCGCUGUUGCGUCCAAGAAGAAGGACAUCUGUCCGAAGCACCUGAGAUCAAUCAACUUCUAUUGCUGUCCGUGCAAGCUGUGUGUGUGCGAUGAAUGUGCCGUGGCCGACGAGCACCAUCUGGAUCACACGUUCAAGAGCUUGGACGUGAUCUACGAGAGCAACCUGCAGAUUGCGGAAGAAGAGUUCGAGAAGGUCAAACACUACACCAAGAGGAUUGCGUCGCUGAUCGAGAAAGUGGAACGCAACAGCGAGCUGGUCAAGAAGGUGAAGGAGGAAAAGCUGAAGGAGAUCCGCUCGGUUGCGGAGAGUGCCAUCGAAGGGCUCGAGCGACAAGUCAACGACAAGCUGCAGAAGCUGCAGGGUCACAAGUAUGCGCUGAUGGCCGAGAUGCAGGACAUCGAACAGUCGCUGCGCAUUAUGGAGGGGGAGGUGGUGGCCAGCAGCCGAUCGCAGUUUAUGGCGAAGAAGUCCAGGAUUUUCAAGGAGUGCAAUAAGAUUCGGAUGAACCCGAUCAAGGAUUUCAAGCAGAUUAGAGUUCCUGUAAGCUUGAAAAUUGAAAUUCCCACAAUUUACGAGACUGGCAUUUUUGUGAUCGAAAACUUCUCCUCGUUCGACGACAACAAGGUCGCUUACUCGAACGAAUUUACCGACACGUUUGGCCACAUCUGGCGCAUAAUGGUGUGGUGCGUGAUCUCCGAGGAUCAACUAGGCAUCUAUUUGGAACUGGUCGAGGGAUUGCCAUGCUGGAUUGAAUGCCGCUUUCAGUUGCUACAUCCCGACUCCAAGCGCGUCAUCCACAAACGCAUCAAGCAACACUUCGAUCGGUCGACGCAGAAGGACUGGGGAUUCCGCGACUUUGUUGCCCUGAAGACCAUCCUGGACGAAAACUACCUGAAGGAUGACGACUCGCUCGAACUGUUAUAUCACAUUCGACCAUGCACCGGUGGUGGCGGCGGCGGCGGCGGAGCAGACUUCGAGUAAAGGUGAAUGAGCUAAAUAAUCCAUACUUACGGCGGACGACUGAUAAGCCGUAUAAUUAUAAGCAAUAUCGAGAGAUGUACAAGAGACUGAACGGGAGACAGGUUGCGAGUUGACCUGCUACCUCGAGUAGGAAUAAAGUGUUCUUUUUAUCACUGCAAAACGAACGGCUGCAGGCAAUGGUUUUGUUUACCUUGUACGAUCACCCCAACACGAUUUUAUUUGCAUCGUUAACUGUUGCUAAAUGAUGACCUGCGAUGAUGCGCGAAGACAUUUCCAAUGUUACAUAACAGUGAUAGUGAGUGUUUCCUCGUCUUUCUUAUACUGGGCAAUUAUCGCCAAGUGUUUCGUGGAGUCUACCUUGGCAUCUUUUUUA